UCCGGGCGGGCCCCCUCAUGGGGGUGCGCUGGAGUAAGGCAGAGUGAUGCGGGGGGGCAGCUGGCCUGGCACCGAGAUCGCCGCUGUGCCCUUUCCCGAAUCCGGCGUCGCCCAGGAUGGCUGCCCCGAGCCAUGGGCCGCGGCAGAUCUAGCGUGGAGCACCAGACCCUCGCCCCUCGAGUCCCGGAGCCGGCCCCGCGCGGGGCCACGCGUCCCGCGGGCGCUGGUUCCUAAGGACGACGACAGCACCAGCUUUUCCUUACUCCCUACCCUUCCGUUCCCUGCCCCGCACUCCUCCCCCUGCGCGCUGCUGUGUGUCAGCACUUGGCUGGAGACUUCUUGAACUUGCAGGGAGAGAAUAACUUGCGCUCCCUACUUCGCGCUGGCGCCCGUUCCCCAGCGGAGCCAGCCUCGUCGCCUCUGAGCCCCGCCGCCCCUUUCCUCCUCGGCCGGUCCCGGGACGCCGUUCCCAGCGUGAGAAGAGAGACUAAGCGACAGGCACCGGGAGAAGAAGGAGGCAAAGAAAGGGAACAGACACUCGGUCCGAGCGCCAGGUCCUUCGGCCAGAGCUUUUUCCAUGUGGAGGCUCUUUCAAUGGACGUGUCACCGCGUGCUUCUUAGACGGACUGCGGUCUCCUAAAGGUCGACCAUGGUGGCCGGGACCCGCUGUCUUCUAGCGUUGCUGCUUCCCCAGGUCCUCCUGGGCGGCGCGGCCGGCCUUAUUCCUGAACUCGGCCGCAGGAAAUUUGCGGCGUCGUCGGGCCGCUCCUCGUCCCAGCCCUCGGACGACGUCUUGAGCGAGUUCGAGCUGCGGCUGCUCAACAUGUUCGGCCUGAAGCAGAGACCCACGCCCAGCAGGGACGCCGUGGUGCCCCCCUGCUGGAGAAGGCUGCCAGCCGCGCCAACACCGUUCGCAGCUUCCACCACGAAGAAUCUUUGGAAGAACUGCCAGAAACAAGUGGAAAAACAACACGACGAUUCUUCUUUAAUUUAAGUUCGAUCCCCACCGAGGAGUUUAUCACCUCAGCGGAACUUCAGGUUUUUCGGGAACAGAUGCAGGAUGCUUUGGGAAACAAUAGCAGUUUUAAUCACCGCAUUAAUAUUUAUGAAAUUAUAAAGCCUGCAACCACCAACUCGAAAUUCCCCGUGACCAGACUUUUGGACACCAGGUUAGUGAAUCAGAACACAAGCAAGUGGGAAAGUUUCGACGUCACCCCUGCUGUGAUGCGGUGGACCACACAGGGUAACGCCAACCAUGGAUUCGUGGUGGAAGUGGCUCAUUUGGAAGAGAAGCAGGGUGUCUCCAAAAGACACGUCCGGAUUAGCAGGUCUUUGCAUCAAGAUGAACACAGCUGGUCACAGAUCAGGCCAUUGCUAGUAACUUUUGGCCAUGAUGGAAAAGGGCAUCCGCUCCACAAAAGAGAAAAGCGCCAAGCAAAACACAAACAGCGGAAACGCCUCAAGUCCAGCUGUAAGAGACACCCUUUGUAUGUGGACUUCAGUGACGUGGGGUGGAAUGACUGGAUUGUGGCCCCUCCAGGGUAUCAUGCUUUUUACUGCCAUGGGGAAUGCCCUUUUCCCCUGGCUGAUCACCUGAACUCCACUAAUCACGCCAUUGUUCAGACGUUGGUCAACUCUGUGAAUUCUAAGAUUCCUAAGGCGUGCUGUGUCCCAACAGAACUCAGCCCUAUCUCCAUGCUGUACCUUGAUGAAAAUGAAAAGGUGGUAUUAAAGAACUAUCAGGACAUGGUUGUGGAGGGUUGUGGGUGUCGUUAGCACAGGAGAAGUAAAAGAAUAAAUAAAUAAAUAUAUAUAUAUAUAUUUUAGAAAAAACAAAAACAAAAAAAAACAACAAAAAAAACAAAACAAUACAAAACCAGCUGACACUUUAAUAUUUCCCAAUGAAGACUUUAUUUAUGGAAUGGAAUUGAAAAAAAAAAACACAGCUAUUUUGAAAAUAUAUUUAUAUCUACAAAAAGAAGUUGGGAAAACAAAUAUUUUAAUCAGAGAAUUAUUCCUUAAAGAUUUAAAGUGUAUUUAGUUGUACAUUUUAUAUGGGUUCAACCCCAGCACAUGAAGUAUAAUGGUCAGAUUUAUUUUGUAUUUAUUUACUAUUAUAACCACUUUUUAAGAAAAAUAGCUAAUUUGUAUUUAUAUGUAAUCAAAAGAAGUAUCGGGUUUGUACAUAAUUUUCAAAAAAAUUGUAGUUGUUUUCAGUUGUGUGUAUUUAAAAUGAAAAUCUACAUGGAAGGUUACUCUGGCAAAGUGCUUAGCACAUUUGCUUUUUUUGCAGUGCUACUGUUAAGUUCACAAGUUCAAGUCCAGAAAAAAAAAAUGGAUAAUCCACUCUGCUGACUUUCAAGAUUCUUAUAUUAUUCAAUUCUCAGGAAUGUUGCAGAGUGGUUGUCCAAUCCAUGAGAACUUACGUCCUUAUUAGGUGGAAUAUUUGGAUAAGAAACAGACAUAGCUGAUCUAUUAUAGAAACCCUUCCCCCACACUUUAAUUUGCAGAAAAAUAAAGCAGGACCAAUAGAAAGAAUCAGGAAAAUGAUGAACCUACAGGAAAGUGAACGAUAGUUUGUUAGUCUUUCCUAAACUAGUGAUCCCUUCAAAGGGGCUGAUCUGGCCAAAGUAUUAAAUAAAACCUAAGAUGUUUUUUCCUUAUUGCUAUUGUAGUCAUGUAUAUUUAAAAUGGAUAUCUUGUGACCCUCAUUAAGAGUUGGAAAUCAUUUGUAUUUUACCUUUACCUCAUCUGGGAUCUCUUUAUGUUCUGAAGGACCCAAUUUUCUAAUGUUGUCUAACACACAGCAAAAUUGUGCCUCUCGUGUUUUCUGCCUCCCCCUUGUUCUCUGACCGAUCAGCUUGCUUUUCUUUCCAAGGUUAUGUGUUUGAACACAUCUCUCCAAAUGUUAAACCUAUUUCAGAUAAUAAAUAUCAAAGCUCUGACAUUUCA